AUGGUGCGCAUUGCACGGGUAUGGGCCGAGCACCACGAGCCAGACACCAUCGGUAUUGGAGAAGCCCGGCCACGCAUUUCCUGGAGCUUCGCCGGCGACGAGGAAACUUGGGAACAGACCAGCUACGAGGUUGAGAUCAAACACAACGAUGGGAAAUUAUCGUCAGUCACUAUCGAAUCAUCCCAAUCUCGACUCGUACCGUGGCCGUUCGAACCGUUGUCUUCGCGAGAGCGGGUCGAAGUCCGAGUGCGAGUUGGCGGUACUGCCAACUCAUGCAGUGACUUUUCUUCACCGCUGGUGAUCGAGACAGGCUUGUUGCGCUCAGAUGACUGGAGCGGAUGCCAGUUGAUUGAGCCGAGCCAGUCUACCGAGACUGUGCAGGGGAAGCAUCGGCCGGUCAUAUUUCGGCGUCUGCUAGUGCUGCCCGAGGGCGCUGCCGUCAAGCGUGCACGCUUGUAUAUCACGGCGCAUGGCAUCUACGAGGUGCACAUCAAUGGGUUUCGGAUAGGGGACCAGCUUCUUGCGCCAGGAUGGACCUCUUACCAGGAACGCUUGACCUACCAGACGUAUGAGAUUGGACCCCAGUUGCUCGCUGGGCAGCAGAACCAGGUUGAUGUGGAUGUAGCUGAGGGAUGGUUCUGCGGAUCCCUAGCCUUUCUUCGCAAGCACAACCUCUACGGUUCGCGGAUGGGGCUGAUUGCUCUCAUGCUUGUGGAAUUUGAUGAUGGCACGAUUGUGCGGACGGGGACGGAUGAGGAGUGGGUGUGGGCUCACGGGCCGAUGGUUGAAGCUGGCCUACUCGACGGCGUGACGUAUGAUGCUCGUGAAGGACACUCGGCGCGCACAGUAUGGAGGACGGUUCAAACAGGCUGCGACUACUGCAUCACACGCCUCACUGCGCCCGACGGUCCGCCAAUACGGCAGACACAGGAGCUGGCGGUGCGCGAGAUCAUCACGUCCCCAUCUGGGAAAACAAUUCUGGAUUUCGGCCAGAAUUUCGUCGGCUGGGUAAGGCUGAGAUCGGUAUCGGGACCUGCAGGGGCGACUAUACGUUUCCGGCAUGCCGAAGUACUGGAGGACGGCGAGAUUGGGGUUCGUCCCCUGCGAUCUGCCAAAUGCCUCGAUACGCUGAUUCUCGACGGCGCAGCUCCAAUCUCCUGGGAACCCAAGUUCACUUUUCAUGGGUUCCGAUAUGUGGAGGUGGACGGAUGGCCCGCAGAGUGUCCUCUUACAGUCGAGGAUAUUGUCGGGGUAGUGAUCAAUUCAGACAUGCGACGCACCGGAUAUUUCCGCUGCUCGAAUCCCUUGCUCAACCGGCUACAUGAAAACAUUGUGUGGAGCAUGCGAGGCAAUUUUGUCGGCAUCCCAACGGACUGUCCCCAGCGCGACGAGCGACUUGGCUGGACUGGUGAUAUCAACAUGUUUGCCGACACCGCUUCCUUCCUGUUCGACGUCAGUGGCAUGCUAUCCUCAUGGAUGAAGGAUAUGAUGGUGGAGCAAAAUGCUGCGAACGGCGUCGUACCGCUAGUCAUCCCGUAUAUUCUGGGAGAUUUUGGCCCUGGAAAAUCUGCAGAGGCAGUCUGGGGUGACGUGGCCGCCAUGCUGCCGUGGGCUCUAUAUGUAGCAUCGGGAGAUAUCGAGCUGCUGCAGCGGCAUUACCAAAGCAUGAAGGAUUGGCUAAAUGCUAUCCCUCGCUCGACUUCCGGUCUGUGGAAGCAGGCUGGCCACAAACUGGCCGAUUGGCUAGACCCCAGUGCCCCUGCCGACGACCCCUCCAACGCCAUGACAGAUAUGUACCUCGUUUGCGAUGCCUUCCUGGUACAUGUUACGACGCUGAUGGCACGCGUCGCAGCCACAUUGAACGCCCCUCCGGAAGAGCAAGCAUUCUACAAGAAGCAGACUGCCGACCUGCGCGAUGCGUUCGCCCACGAAUAUAUCACUCCUUCCGGCCGCCUUGCAUGCGACACGCAGACGGCUUACGCACUCGCCAUCCAAUUCAACCUCCUCUCCACACCCGAACAGCAGACCCACGCAGCUGAGCGGCUCUCCUUACUCAUCCGUCAGCGAAGUCGCUUCAAGAUCUCCACCGGCUUCGCGGGGACACCAUACCUGGGCCACGCGCUAACCAAGGUCGGCAAGGCCAACGUCUUCUACCGCAUGCUGCUGCACCGUGAAUGCCCCAGCUGGCUCUAUCCCGUUACCAUGGGCGCUACGACCGUCUGGGAACGCUGGGACAGCAUGCUGCCCGACGGCCGCAUCAACUCGGGCGACAUGACUAGUUUCAACCACUACGCCUUGGGCGCUGUGGCUAGCUGGAUGCAUCAGACUAUCGCGGGGCUUGCACCCAUGGAGCCGGGGUGGCGUGUUUUUAAGGUUGAGCCUGUCCCGGGAGGAAACCUACAGUGGGCGGAGGCAGAGUACCGGAGCGUGUACGGAGACUGCCGUGUUAGAUGGGAGAUUAAGAGAGAGGGCAAGCAACAACGUUUAUGGCUGGAGGUGGUCGUGCCGCCUAAUACAAAGUGUCAGGUUUGUCUACCAGGCUCAUCGGACUUGAUUGUUGUUGGUUCCGGGCGGAGAACAUGGGAAGUCGACUAUCAUCCCCAGGAAUGGCCCGUAAGAGCAUUGCAGCCCCCCUUCAGACCUCCGGACGACAUACUGCCAGACAAUGAAGUUGUGCCGCAUGAAUGGUAA